AGACCCGUCUGUCUGCGCCUCCGCCCCGCGCCGCUCGGCAAUGCUCACAGCGGUCUGCGGCUCUCUGGGGACUCAGCCCUCGGACGCGCCCCGCGCCUCGCCGAGCCACCUCGACCUGCAGCCGCUGCAGCCCUUCCAGCCCCACGGCACCGGCACCGCCGCGGCGGGCGCCGCCGACUUCGCCACCCCGCUGAACGCACCCCCUCCCCCGGAGCUGCCGCUGGUGGGUCCCGACGACGUCGCCUUCGCCAACCCCGGUACCUACGAGCCGCAUGGCCCCCCGCGGUUAGAGCUGCCCACCGACGGCCCCACGGCCCCCGGUGCCUACACCAAGCUGCUACCGGCCGCCCCUCCGGACAUGGCGCAUCCCUACGAGCCCUGGUUUCGGCCCCCCCAUCCCGGUGCGCCCGGUGAAGAAGGAGGCGUCAACUGGUGGGACCUCCACGCUGGAGCGAGCUGGAUGGAGCUGCCCCCCGGGCAAGGCGGGGGGCUGCAGGUGCCCGGGCACCCCGGGUUGCCACCGGCCCUAGGGGGGUACGGUGGUGGGGAGCACCAGCUCUGCGCCCCCCCCGCCCAUCUGCUGCCCCCCCCAGCCCAGCAUCUCCUGGGAGCGGAGGGGGCGAAGGCACUGGAGGGUCCCCCCGAGCCCCGCGGGCCGGAGGUGGAGAGCGGCGGGAGGCCCAAGGGUGCCCGUCGUGCGGUGCCGCGGGGCGGGGGGCAGGCGGCGUGCCGCUGCCCCAACUGCCAGGAGGCGGAAAGGGGGGGUCCCUGCCCCGAGGGCGUGAAACGGAAGCACCUACACAACUGCCACAUUCCCGGCUGCGGGAAGGCGUACGCCAAGACGUCCCACCUCAAAGCCCACUUACGGUGGCACAGCGGAGACCGACCCUUCGUCUGCAACUGGCUCUUCUGCGGCAAACGCUUCACCCGCUCCGACGAGCUGCAGCGGCACCUCCAGACCCACACCGGAGCCAAGAAAUUCGCCUGCCCCGUCUGCGGCCGCGUCUUCAUGCGCAGCGAUCACCUGGGCAAGCACAUGAAGACACACGAUGGGGGCAAAGACGGGGCCGAACCCGAGGUCAAGGGCACUGGGGACCCGUCGGCCGGCAAGGGAGGCAAGCGGGAGCCCGAGGGGGGGAACGCAGCCCCCACAAACUGA